ACGCGGUACCGCUAGAUGUCGAUCAUCGAUGUGUGCGUGCGUGUGCAUGCGAUGCGUGAGCUCGACCGGACGUGUUUUGUUUCAUCUCCGCGUUCGCUUUCGAUAGUUUCGAUUCGCGAGGAUUUGACCGCACAGUGUCGUCGACAUCGGCCACAGAUGCAUCCUGCCGCCUCCAUUAUCGGUUACGACAGCGACGAGGACAGUGGGCGGUCCAUCGUUUACAACGAUGACAACUUACGCUACGAUAGCGAUGUCAGCGUCAGUCGUAGCAGCAACAGCAACGGCAGCUCCGGGACCGACAACAUGAGCGACAGCGCGUCCCCACAGUCGACAUGUCGCGUGUACGAAUUUGGCGAGUUCGAGGAGAAUUAUGGGUGGGUCCAGUGUCGAUCCAAGACCUAUCCCGAUCGCGUGUAUUAUCACAAUACACGUAGCGCCUGCGACACGUGGUGUAGACCUGUCUCGCGCUAUAUUGACAUUCCAGUCGUCUCGAUCAAAACGGCGUGUUAUGCGGAUGAUGCUUCGGAAUCGGCAAAUGACUUGGAACUGAUGUCAGUGUCGGACAAUGAGAACGAAGAACCGAGUGCAUCGAAGAGACAAGUGAUCACAUGCAAUCGAGACAAAUCAUUGGUCGAUGCCUCAGAUAUCAUCGCACAAUGUUACUACACACCUCAAGUGGACCUAAUCUCUGACACGGAUAGCUUGCACAGCUCGACCGGUGCAUACACAAGCAAAUAUUACAAGGGGAUAAAACAAGAGGAUAUAAACGAGAACGACGAAAACAACAACGGCGAUACGAAACCAGACCUUUCUUCGUUUGACGUUACAAAUUUCCUCGAGAUCGAAUUCUUCGUGGGAAAAGAUACGGUGGACAUCAGUCAGACAUCCAAUUUCCCAUUGGAAGAUAAUUUCAAAAUAUCUUCCUUGCGUCCGGGACAUGUGGUAUACGGCGUGCCCCGUUUGAAGAGGAUCGAUGAGGAGGCAUUGAUCAAACGGAGAAGAGUUUAUGUCCCCAAGGAAGAUCCUAAGGGACCUAGGAAAAUCAUCUGCGAAAUGUACGGCGUGCGGACCAUCAACUACGAUCUCCCUGAACCAGAUAAGGUGUUGGCAGCGAUAGGAGUGAAAACGUCGACGUUGAGUGGAAGCGACAGCGACAGCGACAGCGACGCAAAAGUACCACCCUCGUCGUCGCGACGCGCGAAAACGACGCAAUCGUUUGAAUCUGACAUAGAGAAGAACUUGCCUCAACCGUUACUGAGCGACUCAAGUUCCAGUCCGUCGUCACGGUCCGAUACGAAUAGCUCUAGCACAAGUAGUUGCUCUUCCUGCUCAUCGUGCUCAUCGUGCAAUUAA